AUGUUGAAUCGAUAUAUUUCAUUCGCCGACGCUUUUGUGAUUUGUUAUUCAAUUUCUUCGAGAAAAUCAUUUGAGAGAGCAUUUGAACUUUUUCAACUUGUUGGUCAACGAAGAAAUGUUUCGCAGGUUAGAAGUGAUUUGUGACGUGGCAAUUUUGGAUUUAUUUAUUUUAUUAAAUUCAAAAAAAAAUUCCAGUUCACAAAUCCUCGAAUUUUUCAGAUAGCUCGAGUGCUCGUCGGUUGUAAAUGCGAUGCUUCCGCAUUCCGCGAAGUCUCCGCUUCCGAAGCCAACUCAUUAUCCGCUCAACUCCAAUGCUCUUUCGCUGAAACGAGUUCUCUCGAAAAUCUGAACAUUUUCGAUGUUUUCGAUGAAUGUGUUUCGCAAUUGAAUUAUAUUCGAAUUUUGAGAAGAUCAAAUGAGGAUCAAGAAGAAUGGUAUAGGAAUUCGAGCAAGAAUGCAUCAAAUUGGUGCUGUUUUUUGUAA